GAUUUUGCUCUGUGAGCAGCAGACAUCAUGUGACGGGGGAGUGGCUGCAAAAUCAGGAAACACACCACCGCCGCAAGUCUCACGAAAGCUCUCAUCAUGGCCUACCAGGCUGGGAAUCCAGAGGAGCCCAGUGUUUUGGUCCAGAACAUCAGUUCCAAUAUCCAGAGGAUCACACUGCUCACCUCCGAGCUGCAAAGGGGAGUGAAUUUGUUGGGAACGGAGCAGGACAGCAGCCAGCUAAGACAGACACUGCAACAGAAACAGCAGGAAGGCAACCAUUUGGCGAAGGUCACUGACAAGCUGAUGAAGGCGUUCAGUGCUCUUCCGUGUGGCCCUGAUCAGCGGCAAAGGAAGCUACAGAAAGAGCGUCUGCUGAAUGACUUCUCCGCUGCACUGAACACCUUCCAGAGGACACAACGGCAGGCAGCUCAAAAAGAGAGGGAGUUUGUAGCCAGGGUACGAGCCAGCUCCAGAGUGUCGGGAGGCCAGCCUGAAGACAACUUUGGAAAUGUACCUCAAAAUUAUUCCCAGGUGCAGGCUCAAACUGAAGCCAUCACAGAAGAAGACCUGAGGCAGAUCCAUGAGAGGGAGUCAUCUAUAUUACAGCUGGAGUCUGACAUCACAGACAUUAAUGACAUCUUCAAAGACCUGGGCAUGAUGGUCCAUGAGCAGGGGGACAUGAUAGACAGUAUAGAAGCCAAUGUGGAGAAUGCAGACGGUAAUGUCCAGAGUGCCACGCAGCAGCUGGCACGAGCUGCAGACUACCAGAGGAGCUCCCGGAAGAAGAUGUGUAUUCUUAUGAUCAUAUUGGCUGUAGCUGCUGUUGUAGUAGGACUUAUCAUCUGGGGUGCAACCAAAAAUUAAGUCCUUCCUCCUCUUCUCUUCUGUUCCUGUUUCAACAUCAGCUUGCAAAAAGCAUUAAAACACGAUCCUUGUACUUUCCUUUGACUGCUCUUAUGGAGAUAUCAUUGAGGUUGUCUGUCUUUGAUUUGAUUUUUUUUAAGAUGAAGUAGUCCUCACUGAUGGAAUUGAACAUUCCUUUACUGUGAAGCAAAGCAAGCGCUGUUAGCUUAAUUGAUGCAAUUGGAUUUAACUGAAUUAUUAUGUCUUUAUUUUUAAGAGCCAAUAUUUAUUGCUGCACCUGUUUGCCAAAUUAAAGAGUAAACACAAGUGGGGCGAUGCUGUGUCAGCUUGCACCAUUAAGCAAAGUCCAGAGUCUCUCCAUUGGUCCAGAAAUAUACAGCACAGAUAAUGUUUUCAUCUGUGCUGUGAGGCAGCAAGUAAGUGGAGAAAGGUGCUUCUGCUGCUUCCUAUUAUCAGAUUUGAUAUGGAAAACAACAAGUUUAGACAAGUGCAUUAUGUAAAUUGAGUACAAACUAACAAAAGCCGACUCUGGUCCAUGGUACAAUGUCACCAGACCACAGUUGUCUUACUAGAGUGCAGCUCUCCAAAACAACCUUUUUAGCCUUUAUCUUUUGUUUUUUAAGUAAUCAUUAAUUACCAUAAUCACUAACUAGAAUUUUAAAUUUAUAUUUAAAUCGAUGUAAGAAAAUGAUCUGACACCCUUCUCUUCAGUCCUGUGAUUAGCACUCCAAGUUACACUCCAUGGUAGGUGGUGAAUUUCUUCCAACUUAAAAGUUUUUAUUAAUAUCUUGUCACACAAAAAUUGUAAGUCCAAGAUGCUCAGCAGUGAGUGGAGGUGAGGGUCAGCUGAUUCUUGGAACUGUUGUGUGUUUUAAGGUGUUCUUUCAUCACAUUUUCAUUCUGUUUUCUGGUUCAGAACUUAUUACAGGUUCUCACUCGUGUUAAGACGUCUGAUCAGUAGAAUUAGGUGAGCAUUUUGUGUGAUGAUUUGUGAGAGGGGAUUUUUGUCAUUUUUGUUGAUGAUUUAAGAACUGAAACCAAAGCCAACCAGUACAAAUUAGUCAUUUAUGUACAAAGUAUCAUAAGUUAAGGUAAACACUAAAACUAUUUGGCCUUAAUGUAAAAUUUUGAUCUCAUGUUUUCAAUAUUGAAAUUAUUUGUCUCAGUUUUGUUGAAUAAAUUACUGCACAGAAA